UGUUUGCUGAGUGUUGCAAUGACGCUGGUCAAUCUGACAACCAGCUCGCCCGUGUCGUUCGUCUCGCUGCUCGGGAUUACGCCGCAGGAUGUCUCGGCGUGGUUUGAUCCGUCCGCUGCAUCUGCUUCUUCUUCGUCCGCGUCCAUGCUCGCAGACACAUCAGCUCACGGGGUGUUUGGCACACUGGUCUGGACGCUGACUGCGCUGUGGACGCGUCUGGGCGAGUUGGCAAUUGCAAUCCCGCUCAGCUCCAUCAUGCUGUUUGUCCUCGUCGCGCCGCUCGUGUACUACAUUCUGCGACCCAUCAUCAAGCUGGAGCUCUUGCAUCAUAUUGCCAAGAACGGUUCGAGCAAAAAGACAGUCUACGGAUCAUUGUUUGCCUAUUGUGUUCGAACGGAAUUACUCGAUGAUGCGGCCUUGCAUGAGUUGCUGGUUCUUGCGCACGACAUGGUCGACGUGCGCUCGGAAUCCGAGCUUGAACUCUUCCACCGAUACCUCUUGAGUUUCCUGUACGUGAUCAUCUUCCGAGACCAAGUCGACGGCAGCUUGCGCGGCAUGUUUUUGAUUGAUCGCGAACGAGGUCAGAGCUACAACGGCAAAUCCUUCACGCUGUUCAAGACCGGACUUGCCCUGUUCAAGGCCUCCAACCGCGGCGGACCUCUCAUCUACCUUGCCUUCUUUUACUUUUUCAUCAAGGAGCUCAUCUGGCACCCGUUCACGCCGCUCUAUGGCGUGUUCAAGUGCUUUAGCGUGAAGAGUUAUCUCAUGGCCAAACGCUCCUCGGAAAGCGUCUGGCCACAGGCAGGUGUCCCGACGCCUGCCUGGGAGCAGUCCCUGAUUGACUCGUUUGGCGUCAAGACUGCCACUGGACAAGAAGUGUACGAUCCCGUCACCGGCGUUAUCAACCGCACCACCACUGCGCUGCGACCCGACGUAGCCCCGAUUUCCGAAGAGGAUCUCAAGAACCCCGACAUUCGUUUCUUUGCCGAGCGCAAUCCCCGUUGGGACCAAGGGCAUCUCCUCGUGGUGCUGUACAAAAUCACCUGGGGAUGUGUUUUCAAGAGCAUUGUGGCCAUUCUACGAAAGACGUUCCGCGUAAAAGCACAACAAAAACUGCUACGAAUUCAAAGCAAGCACCGGCUGCUUCGAAGUCCCUCCGUGAAAGACCGCUUUGAACAAGCGAGAAGGGUCACGGUUGUAGAUCCCCUCACCAACUGCCAAGCAGACACUCAUUGAGCGGGCCUUGAUGUUGCACCUUGUCGACAUCUCUGAAAAUCACAUAGAAACCAAAUACAAUGAACAAAAUCUGAAACCAA